AUGGAUCCGGCAAAAGGAGAUGCAAAGAGUGAAGAGGAGGAGCAUCUAAUAAAAUCUCCUUCCGAGAAAGAACGCAAGGCCAACGAGCGAAUCUCACCUUCAACCAGCUCCGACGAUGAUGACGACGGCUACUCGCCGGAGGACCUGUUCCAGCUGGACAUCAACAAGUCCCCCGCAGCCAAUGGCCAAGAGCGACGAUUGCAGAGUGGCGCACAAACAAAUAAUUUCUCGAGCCUGAUCAUAGAUGACGACGCAGUCACAACUCCUGAUCGACCACGGAGCCAGACAGACGCCCCUGAUCCGGAAAGAAUCGCCUCCUCCAUUUUCAUAGGGACCAGUUCGAACUCUCCGGCACAGUGGAGCGCGGCCUCCAAUGAAUCCUUGUUCAGCAUCCAAGGAGGCAACUCCAGCUUUUCCAAAGACCACGCCUCAUUGUCGGGCAGGUCCGGCGGGCUGAGCCCCAGCCCUCCGAGCCCGCAACCGCAUCCUAGUUUGGGCUCCAUUAAUGUUGCAACCUUCGAAGCUCGUCGAGAGGAGCUGGAGGAGGCGGCCAACGCCAAGGCCAUCAAGGAUGCGGUGCUGCAGGCACGUUCGGAGGGACAACGACAUUCUGAGGAGCAACGACGCCGAUCAUCCGAUGGCAGCGCAAAGAGUUUCCAAUCGUUCGCGUUCCCAAUGUACCGCGAAGGAAGAAACAGCUCGGCCAAGGCAGAAUCUGCGCAGCCGCUUCGACCGGCCAACAAGCCACAGCAGCAACCUCAACCAGAGACUCAACUCCCAAAAUCUUCUUCUGCUGCUUCUCCUCCUGCUGCUGCUUCUCCUUCUCCUCCUCCUCCUCCUCCUGCUUCUGCGCCAAAGAGCAAGUGGCUUGCAUGCUGCCGCUGCCCUUCCUUCUGCUGA